AUGUUAAACUCUGAUAAAAAAAAUCAACGCACAGCUAUUGCGCACCUAUGGACCCAAGGCAUAUAUAAUGCUAUGGAGAUACAUAGAUGGACUAACGCCCCUCUCUCUACAAUAUAUGACAACCUAAAAAAACUUAAAACCAAAGGAACAAUGGACCAUGCAAAAGGCAAUGGUCGACCAAAAAAAAUAACUAAACGUGCUGCACAAGCACUUGGACAGUAUAUUCAUAAGAAUCCUUCUAUUUCCACACGAACAAUGGUGAACAAACUAGAAAAAACAGGUGUUAAGGUAUCGCAUAGCACUAUCUCACGGCAUUUGGCAGAUGCAGGAUACACGAAUAGCCUUCCCCAGAAGACCCCCAUGCUUACGGUUAAGCACAAACUUGCACGUGUAAAAUGGGCUGAAAAACAUCUUGAAGAUAACUGGAAUCGCACUUUUUUCACCGAUGAAACGGCCUUCCAGCUUUUUAGAAACACUUUAAAGUAUUGGUAUAAAGGAUCACGACCAGUUAGGCGAAUUCCAAAAGACCGAACAAAGCUUAAAGCGUGGGGUGGAUUUUGGGUGAAAGGUAAAUCAAGUCUGUAUUGUUUUAAAGGAAUUAUGAAUGCAGAAUUUUAUGUUAAUAUUAUUAAAAAACAUCUUCCCGAACAACAAGACAAUGAUUCGAAGCAUACGAGCCGCCUUGCCACAGCUUUUAUUAAAAAAAAUGUUCCUGUUCUUCUUGACUGGCCCUCCAAUAGUCCCGAUAUUAAUCCUAUUGAAAAUCUUUGGAGUGUUGUUAAGCAGAAUGUUGAGAAACGUAUGCCAAAAGAUCUUAGUGAAUUAGAACGUUAUAUGAUUGAAGAAUGGAACAAAAUUCCCAAUUCAUUUUUAGCUAAUUUAGUUGGUUCAAUGAGAAGGCGAUGCGAGCUUUUAAUUGAGAAGGAUGGUGAACAUAUAUCAUAUUGA